CUAGACGCUUCGUUUGCUUUCUUCACCGCAUCACCUGAAACGAAAAGAAAGAGAGAGUGAAAGCUGAUGGUCCGAUGGAGCUCCGACGAUGACCGUGGGAAGAAAUGGAGCUCUAUCGAUGGCUGUUCGAUGUCCGAAAGGCGAUAGUGCUUGUGGUGACCACAUCGUGUUCGGGCAUUCUCUUCUUCACCGAGCCACCACCGGAGCUUAUCUUCUUCAUCGCGCCACCACCAGAGCUGUUCAUCUUCCUCGAGCCACCACCGGAGCUUCUCUUCUUCAUCGAUCUACCACUGCAUGCUGGAGCUUGUCUUUUUCAUCGAUCUAUCACUGCAUGCCGUAACUUCUCUUCUUCAUCGAGCUACCACCGCAUGCCAUAACUUCUCUUCUUCACCGAGCCACCACUGGAGCUUCUCUUCUUCACCGAGCCACCACCGGAGCUUCUCUUCUUCACCCAGCCACCACCGGAGCUUCUCCUCUGCAUCGAGCCACCACCGGAGAUCUAAUGAGUCACGUUUUGGUUGCCUACUCUACUUGAUUGAUGUCAUUGUUAGUCUUAUAAGUGGUAGACUAGUACGAGACCGCAUAGGUCCAGCAAUGGUUAGUGCAGUUCAAAGUCAGAUGGGAGCUGCGGAUGCAACUACUUUCGAUGAUCCAGCCAAAAGGUAUAUAAUUUCUUCCUCUGAUGAACUCUAGACUUAAUCUCAUAUAUUUUUAUUACAAUUUCUGCAUGUGUACUUCGUAAAUGAUAAAAUGGUGCAUUCAAGCAUGAUGAUUCUUAAUGUGAGUGUGAUUAUGCUUAGCUUAGUCUCGGUUUGAGUCGGAUUUAGUUGAUGUUUAGUUCAUGUUCUGUUUAGUUAAGGAGUGAUUGCGUGUUACUUGAUGCGAGUGUAACGAAACAUAUACUUUAUAUAUCAUCAGCCUGAAGUUGUUAAUUGAAGAGUGAUUGUGUGUUACUGUCUUCUCUUAAAUUGUCUUGUGUUGAGUAUGUCUUCUCAUGAGCUAAGCAUGUGUCUUACUGAUAAGUCUUUUUAUAUUGUCUCUGAUAUAUCUUUUUUUUGUUUCUUUUUUAAAUAUAAAUAUGUUUUCUUUCGAGCUGAUGGUGAAUAAGGAGGUGUCAGGACUUCAUGUUACCAGCCUUUCUUCCGAUGGUGAACAAGGAGGCUUCAAUACGACAGACUCGCUUCGCCGGAAAAACAAACAAGGAAGGUGCGCCGGAGAAGAAGAAGAAGAACAAGUCUGCGGCGGAGAAGAAGAAGAAGAACGAGUCUGCGGCGGAGAAGACGAAAGCUGCGGCGGAGAAGAAGAAAGCUGCGGCGGUGAAGAGGAGGAGAGAAGCCGUGAAAAAAAAAAGAGAUGCAGCAAAGAAGAAGACUGAAACCGCAGAAAAGAAGAGGAAGCAAGACUCGUCUUCGUCGGAGUCUUCAUCCAAUCCAACCAAGCGGCGUCGGACUGCAUCUUCACCAGAACAACAUUUCGAUCCCGAUCAUUCCCCGGCACCAUCAGCGGAAUUGCUUUCUCAGGAUGAUAGAGAGGGUACGCCAAGCCCAUCAUUUCCGAUUGAGCCACAAAAAGCACCUACUCAAACACCCAGUGAGGCGGAGAAUCCACUGCAAGCUCCAAUAACUUCUAACAACAGAGAGGAUCCCAACAGAGAGUCACACUCACCAGAGGCUGCCAUUAACAAUGAAGCGCAAAGAACGAUUGGAUCUAACAACAGUGAUUCAAACCCACCUGAGGCUGCCAUUGGAACUGCUACCAUUGACAAUGACGCACCAAGAACGGCUGGGGAGGAGAAUAUGGCCGUAGAACCAAUGAGACCUGUUGGUUUUUUCUUCAAGCCGAGUGAUUAUUGGACGGCUUGCAAGCUCUCCUCAAGGUGCCACCAACACGAUUUUCUGGAGACGAUUAAAGACUUUAAGGAGUCAGAGAAGAGUUGGUUUGAGAAUCACCCUCAGUUCAAGCAUUUAUUCCACAUGGAUUGUUGCGAGAAAAGAAAGGUUCAGGGAUUGUGGAUGUUGCUACUUCGUUGUAUGCAUACAGGAAAGGAGCGACAAGCUUGGUUUGGGGUAAACAGUGUUCCAAUUAGAUACUCUAUCAGGGAACAUGCCCUCCUCUCUGGUUUAUACUGCGGAUCAUACCCUGAAAACUAUCCGAGAAUAGGGAAGAUGAAGUUUGCAACAAAGCAUUUUAAGCACUUGCAGAAGAAGACAAAGGAGAAGAAUAGGAAGAAACAGGGUCUGAAAGUGACAGAAGCGGAUGUCUUAGAUAAGCUUGAGAAGAUGGAAGCUGAUGAUGGUAGUGAUGAGCGUCUGAAGAUGGCGGUUCUUUAUUUUUUGACCAGAGUAAUAAGAGCAAGGAAAAGAAAUGUAUACUUCAUUGAGCCUUUCAUUCUCCAGGCAGUAGAUGAUCUGGAUUUUUGCAACAAGUUUCCAUGGGGCCGUUACACAUUUGAUGAUUGCAUGAAGGAGAUUUUCCACUUGAGGGAUCAUUUCGCUAAAGGGCUCCCUGAGAAUAAUAUGCAGUGGACAUUUCCUGGGUUUGUCAUCCCCUUGGAGGUAUAUGAAUUAUGUUUUCCAUAAGCAUAUUAGUUAUUAUAUAAGUAAUUAAUUAUUAUAUAACUAAUAUGAUUGUGUGAAAUGAUGUGCAAAUAUUGGCUUUUGAAUGUAUCUCUGUCCUUAGG